AUGGGGACCACAGAAUGCCAAACCACAUUAUGGCUCAUCUACCUGAUGCUGUUGAUUGGCACAGUCACUCAGACUGCUAAUGCCUCUCACAUCGGCAGAGUGUGCACAACUUGGGGACACUAUCACUGGAAGACCUUUGAUGGAAAUUUCUUCCAGCUGGCCUCUACCUGUAACCAUGUCCUGGCUUCCCAGUGUAAGAACACCUACGAAAAUUUCAACGUCCAGAUGAGACGCAAGUCGGUCGACAACAUACCCACCAUCAGCAAAAUCAUCAUGAAGCUGGACGGUACUGUAGUUGAGCUCUCCAACAGUUCAGCGAUUGUCAAUGGCGAGACGGUGUCGCUGCCGUUUGUCACGUUCGGGGUGACUGUCAAGGGGACCUCAUCUAGCGUCUCUGUCGAAGCUAAGCUAGGAAUCAGAGUUAUUUGGAACCUGGAUGACUCUCUGGAUAUUGAAAUAGAUAACAAAUACCAGAACCAGACAUGUGGACUCUGUGGAAACUUUGACGGCACCGCCAAUGAUUUAGUGAAAGACGGAGCUGCGCUGUCUGUGACAGACUAUGCUGAUACCUACAAGGUGAACGGGCCGACAGAGACCUGUGAGGAGCCUGAGCUCAACCCGGUCCUGAGCUGUGGCGAUAAGAAACAACAGCUCACUUUCCUGCAGUUCUGUGUCCGUAUAAGUCGCUAA